AUGGGACACCGGUGCCACCAUCAGCCCCCCGGGGCCACCCCCCAGCGCAGCCUGAAGAGGGCAGGGGACGGCGCGGCGCUUCCCGGCUCCCCGCUCCUCCUCYUCCUCUUCGUCCUCCUCGCCGCCUCGGUGUCAGCUUGCGGAGGUGCACCGAUGCCAUCCCAAGCACUGGAAUCAGAUGAGGAUUUGCAGCUGUUGAAAGAGAUAGACGAUGCAUGUUCUGCUUACCUGUCUUCAGAUUCUCAGCCUCGGGUGUCCAGUAUACUGGAAGAGCUUUGUUUUUUCAUUAUGGGAUUUCUCCAGAAACCACAGGAUUUAGAUGAGAAAGACAACACCAAAAGGUUCUUAUUUCAUUAUUCUAAGACUCAUGACUCGGGCAACUCAGACAUCAUGUCGUCUGUCGUGCAUCCUUUACUGCAACUCGUUCCGCAGCUUAAUGAAAGAAGACUGAAGAGAUACAAACUGGACGAGGAACUUCAAGGACCUGGAAUGAUUCAAAGCAGAGGCUACUUUUUCUACAGGCCACGUAAUGGAAGGAGAUCAGUGGAUUUUCGCUGAGGAGGAUUUUAGAUUCCUGACCUAGAACUAAAACUGCAAGAAUGCUGAGUACAUGGACAUACUGUUUUUCCUUACAAUAAUUAUUCAUUAUUAAUGUACAGUUAAACAUCACUUGAAUGUAAAUGUUCUUAAACCAGUUUCUGUUAAGGAUUCAGAAGUUCUUUACUUUCUUGAUUAUA